CGCCCGUUCUCAUUUUUCACGGAAAUAAAUCUUUUUAUUAGAACCUCACUCUAUAUGUAUUAAUAAUUAUUUUUCACUCGUUUUUAUUUUAUCCUAAUAAAAAAUUGUUUUUAAAAAAAAAAAAUAUAAGAGCACCCCCUCAAAUUAUUGUCUGGUUCCACCGCUGUGGAACAUCAUUACGUGGCUUUCACAGAAGGUGACGUAAGUUCACGACAACGGCCCAUCGACGUACUUCUUGAAGAUUCCGAGGUCGUCACUUCCUCCAUCCACGUUGACAUCGACGACCGCACAACUGACAAACUCCGCGCCGUCAUUCGGAAUGAGCUGCUCAAGUGCUGCGGCGGCAGGCUGCGGCUGUGGGGAGGAUUCGAACCCAUGGUUUCCUGGAUAGAGACGAAAGUUAGCGACCUUGGCGCGUGCGAAGCGGUGCGCGUGACUGUCAAUCUCACGUUCUACCACAUGUCAUCAGAGAGAGCGAUGAUCCGGGAUACGGCGCCGCAGUUGAUAGAGACCGGAGGAAAUGGAAUGAAACCGGCGAGCGGGUGGUCAAUGGAGGAGAUGUUGAAGAAGUUGGAUCUCGGCGAAGUAGUUGACUGCGGCGGCGGAGAGGAGAGUUGUGCGGUGUGUUUGGAUUGUCUGAAAAGGGAGGAAGAGGAAGUUUUAGGGAUGCCUUGUUCGCAUAGGUGUCACGCCAAAUGCAUCAUCCAAUGGCUGCGCAAAAGUCAUUACUGCCCACUUUGCCGCUUCCGGAUGCCUACUAUAUCACAUUAUUAAUUGUUUGUAAUAAUUUCGAACUCACUUUUCUUGUACUAUACCAAUUCUUCGUGUAUCAAUUUAGUGCAUAUUAUCUGCUUAUUAAUUGAUAUCUCAAUUUCGU